CCCGAUUAAAAAGUCUGAACUGAAGUCUGAAAAUCUCCGGAAGUUGAAGACUGGACUUCCGGUUUGGUUUAUUGACGAAGAUGUGAAGAUCUUUAAGGAUUCAACAGGAAAAGACAUGGAGGUGACAUCACAGCGGCUGGUGGAGGAGCAGGUGGAGCGGCUGCUGAGUGGUCAGGGGUCAGAGGUCAGCGUCUGCGAUGUCGGCGUAGAGCAGAGCAAGCCGGCGGCGCUCAGGAAGAACAUCACCUACAUCGUCGGCGCCGUCAUCUUCAAUGAGAAGGAGGAGGUGCUGAUGGUGCAGGAGGCCAAGCCGGACUGUUACAAGCAGUGGUACCUUCCUGCAGGGAGGGUGGAGGUGGGGGAGAGCCUGGAGGAGGCCCUCAGGAGGGAGGUGAAGGAGGAGGCGGGGUUUGACUGUGAGCCAAUCACCAUGCUGCUCAUCCAGGAGCAAGGCCCGCAGUGGAUCCGCUUUAUCUUCCUCGCCAGGAUCUCAGGUGGGAGUCUGAAGAGUCUGGAUGCAGCAGACCAGGAGUCUCUGCAGGCCGCCUGGUGGGACAGACAGACCCCCCUCCCCCUCAGGGGGCGGGACAUCCUGCGCCUCAUCGAACACGGACUCAAGUACCGCAGGAAUCCCUGGCAUCCGGUCACUCUGCCGGUUGACCUGAGCUGCCGUCACGUGGUGCAGAGGAUGGUCCUGGUCUUUGUCGGUGCUGAAGAUCAGAUCUGGAUCCUGCUGGUCCGAGCCUCAGUGCCUCAUCUCCCCACCGCCGCGGCGGUAAAGACCCAUGCGGUGACAUGGGCGGCCAACAUGGUGGUGCAGGACGCCAUGCCGGCAUCGUACUACGACCACGACGUCACCACGCUGGGCGUGUUUGGACUGCAGCACAACGGGCGGCAGCACGGGCGCACGGACGGCGUCUGCUUCAACACGCUGGUGGCGCUCAUGCCUGACCGCGUGCAGCGUAACGAGGACGGACUGAAGGUGGAGCUCCCGCCUGCCGGGAAGCCCCCACCUAUAGAGAACCCUCGAUACGUCUGGUUUCAGGUUCAAAAUCUGGAUCUCAGAGAGAAACUUCUAGAGAAAACCAAAAACACCUCCCUGCUGCCCAUUCACAGCCUGUACUGAGCAUGCUCAGUGACGACAAGCCACAGCUUUGGUCCUGUAAGGGUUACAAUCAGGAACCAGUGAAAGAACCCCCCAGACUGAUUAUGGACUGGUCCUCGGGACGCGGUACCAGAUGCAGAACUUUCCUUGGACUGGUCCUCGGGACGCGGUACCAGAUGCAGAACUUUCCUUGGACUGGUCCUCGGGACGCGGUACCAGAUGCAGAACUUUCCUGGGACUGGUCCUCAGGACGCGGUACCAGAUGCAGAACUUUCCUGGGACUGGUCCUCGGGACCAGAUGCAGAACUGUCAGUCGACUGGUCCUCGGGACGCGGUACCAGAUCCAAAACUGUCAGUGGACUUGUUCUCAGGACGCGGUACCAGAUGCAGAACUGUCUGUGGACUGGUCCUCGGGACCAGAUGCAGAACUGUCAGUGGACUGGUCCUCAGGACGCGGUACCAGAUGCAGAACUGUCUGUGGACUGGUCCUCGGGACACGUCCAGUACUGGUAUCUGAACUGGUAGCAGAAGCGAACCGGGCUAGGGUCUGGGUUCUGGUGCGCUCCAUGUCCCGUUACUGGACCAGUUCCAGUUUGCAGCCCGGAGGUUGUGGACCUCUGAUUCUGAGAAAGUUUAGUAGAAAUGUUUGGACUGAUCCUGUUUUCAGUGUUACAGCAUUGAUGCACUUUAACUGAGUUACAUGAAGAAAACAGUUUGAUAAUUUAUGAAUAAAAUCUCUGAGUGAAACAGAAA